UGAUUCGCCUGGCGCUCAGCUCAGCCGCUUCCGCCUCCAUCCGGGCAUUUCGCUGACCCGCGAUGUGACCCGUCAGUUCGGCAAACAUGGCGGAGCCUUCGCUUGGGACUGCAAGCCCAGGAGGCUCGGCUACAUCAGAUGACCAUGAGUUUGAUCCAUCAGCUGAUAUGUUGGUUCAUGAAUUUGAUGACGAAAGAACUUUGGAGGAGGAAGAGUUGAUGGAGGGGGAAGUUAAUUUUACAACUGAAAUUGAACACCUUGAAAGGGAAAGCGAAAUGCCAAUCCAUGAACUAUUACGAUUGUAUGGCUAUGGUAGCACUGUCCCUCUGCCAGGAGAAGAGGAAGAUGAUGAUGAUGAUGACGAAGAGGAGGAGGAGGAAGAAGAAGAAGAAGAGGAGGAGGAGGAGGAGGAAGAAGAAGAAGAGAAUGACAGGAACAGUGCCUGCAGUGUGGAAAACAAGGAUGAGACCAUUAAAGAUUCCUCUGGACCGGAAGAUGAAACUCAAUCAUGUAACGAUGACACAGUGCCGUCUGCUACAUGUCGGCAUGUACAAGAGGCAAUCAGGCCACGGAGGUGCAAGUAUUUUGAUGCAAAUAAUGAAAUAGAAGAAGAAUCAGAGGAUGAUGAGGAUUAUGUUCCUUCAGAAGACUGGAAAAAGGAAAUAAUGGUUGGUUCCAUGUUCCAGGCAGAGAUUCCAGUUGGCAUCUGCAAGUACAAGGAAACUGAAAAAGUGUAUGAAAAUGAUGACCAGUUAUUGUGGAACCCAGAUUUUAUAGUGGAAACAAGAGUUCUAGAUUUUCUAAGUGAAGCGUCCAGAAGGACUGGUGAAGAGAAGGGAAUAGAUGCAAUUCCAGAGGGAUCACAUAUAAAAGAUAACGAACAGGCGCUGUACGAACUAGUGAAAUGUAACUUUGACACAGAAGAGGCUUUACGGAGAUUAAGAUUUAACGUCAAGGCUGCACGAGAAGAACUGUCAGUUUGGACGGAAGAAGAAUGUAGGAAUUUUGAACAAGGACUGAAGGCAUAUGGGAAAGAUUUUCAUUUGAUUCAAGCGAAUAAGGUGAGGACCAGGUCUGUCGGGGAAUGUGUAGCAUUUUAUUACAUGUGGAAGAAGUCUGAACGUUAUGACUUCUUUGCCCAGCAAACAAGAUUUGGAAAGAAGAAAUAUAACCUGCAUCCUGGUGUCACGGAUUACAUGGAUCGCCUGCUGGAUGAAAGUGAAAGUGCUGCGUCGAGCAGAGCACCCUCCCCGCCGCCGGCUACCUCAAAUAGCAGUAACAGUCAAUCGGAGAAGGAGGAUGGCACACCUGGCACUAAGCAAAAUGGUGUAGCUGCCAAUGGCCCUUCCGAAAUGUCUACGUACAGAGAUGAAGCCAAGCCAGAACUUGCACGUUUAAAUGGUCCAAGUCUUGGAACUGCCGACCCUUCCUCCAAUGACACAGACACCAAUGGUUACAACCAGGAAAAUACUAUGGGUGACUCCAAGUUUAGCCAUUCUAAUGCAAGACAUGACUCCGAUGUAGAUGAGCAAAGUGAUCGAUCUGUAAAGAGGCGAAGAAUUGACAGCCCUGGGAAAGACAGCCCAGGAUCUUCUGAAUUUUCUCAGGAAGUUUUCUCAAACAACAAAGUUUAAAACAAUUUUGAAAAUUCUUGAAGUCUCAGACACUUUUGAAACAAACGCGUUUCUGGGAAACUUGUAAUUUCAGGGCUGGCUGGUUAUUUAUCAAACUCUAUAUCUAUCUUGUUUUGGAGGGUUUUUUUUCCCUCUGCUGAGCCCCUGCAGAGUUGAGCCCAAGACUACGGUGAAAAACAUUUUUGUACAGUUCAGAAGGGGCAAAUUUUGGAUUCGUAUUUAAAAAUAAAAGCCUGCCUACAGAAUGUAUUUUUAUCUAACACAGCAACACGUGUAAUAGAGCUGGAAACUUACUAAUAAUAAUUCUAAUUUAUCCUGUUUCUCCAAAGCAAGCAGGUAAUUUUAAACGUUUGUUUCAAAAGAUGUCCGAUGUGGAAAUUGCUAAAGAACGCCAGGGAACCUGAAUGCUCCCACAGCGUUUUUAUAGAUAGAAGUUGAACAAAUAAACCAAAUGGUUUGUGUUUAUAAAUUUUAUUGACAUCAAUGAUGUCUUCUAUUCCGAUCUGGGCCGAUAAAGAUACCUUGUGUAUUUUUCCAGAUUUCUUUGUAACCUUUGAAAGAUUUUUACAGUUGCCUAUGUUUUGAUUGAACUGCCCUUUCUUAAACAAAGCUUGUAUAAUUUUCUUAACUUGUACAGUUGAUAAACUUUUAUUAUGAAAAAUAAUAUUAUGAUGGUUGUAUGUCCACUUUCCUCUCACCAAGGUAAAAAAAUGGUGGAAAAAAGUAAGAAAAAGAAAACACACACAUUUUUAUUCCUUAGCAUUUUCAGUGUUUACUUGGAGGUAUCUACAUGCCGAAAUGCUUUUGUUCAUCUGUCAUUCUCAAAAAGCAACAUUUUGCUGGUUAAUCAAUUAAUUAAAAACUACACUCCACACUGUGCCCAUUUAAUCUGACAAUGUCUGCUUAUUUCUAUUUUUCCCCCUCACUCUGAAUUGUAAACUUGAUUUGGUGUAACAUUGUAACGACGGCUUAUGAAGGAAUUAAUAAUGUAUGUUUGGAUUUACUAGGUAUUUUGAUUUGUGGACUUUCAUCAAUGGCACAUUUUGGGGGGAAAUCUUCAAUUUAUGAUCACUGCUAAAUAUUGACAUUUUGAACAAGUAGACCUGUUAUUUUAGUAACGCAUAUCAAGCAAAUUCCAUAUAUUUUGUAACUCGCCAUGCAAUUCGUAUAUUUCCAAUGCCUGUGUAUUUACAUUUGAGAUUUAUACUAAAAAUGUAAUAACGUAAGCCUAUUUUCUGCAGUUUAAGUCGUUUAAGUGGGUGCAUGAUUAAUACUAUGCCCAGCUUUGUGAUUGAAGCACAACCUCUUUCUUAUCCAGUGAAUCCCGUCUCUUGUCAUCUUUAGACUAACUCCAGGUGUAAAAAUUGAAUAAUGUAGCUCAUUUGCUUAUAACAGAUAUUAAAAAUAUACGCAAUGGUCGCUGUAGCAUAUUUUGGAAACUCUAUUAGAUCUGUUUACAUGUGUAUAUAAAAUUUUACCCUCUGGUUAUGUUUUAGAAGUAACUACGGAAUGGGGAUGUGUGGCUUAUAGGUUAUUAACCCCUUUCACUGCCAAGGGGCAAGGCAGGUUCCAUCGGCUGUCACAGGAAAAAUCUAAUUCCAACAAAUUGACACAUGUCCCUGCUUUGUGAACACCCCCAAUCCUCAGAUCUAAAUAUAUUAUGUGAAAGAUAAGCAUAGGAUUUUAAUAAUUUAUUUUAUAUCAGCAGCUUUAGAUAUGUAUAUGUGACUUUCUUUUUUACAGAUUUGUGUUCAUGCUGCCCUUUUAAGUGUAUAUUAAAUAGUUUUGUAAAAUGCAGUGUAUGCUGGGUAUAAAUGAUUUUGCAGUCAUGCCGUUUUCGCCCUUUUGACACCUACAACUAAUUUUUAACCCAUUAUGUGCUAGAUGUGCACAAAUUGUUGCACUGUGUUGCUCCCUCAUCUGGUGCACAACAGGUUAAUUUGCUUCCGCAAGCCAAUAUGUGGCAGCCUUAAUAUUAAUAUUAAGCAAGUGUGUGAAAUGUACAUUGUUUUAUCCAUUUCAUUUGUGUAAUGCCACUUUAAAUUUCCCAGUGCAUCAUGGUAUUCAGAAGCAAUUUUU